AUAACAUUUUUGUUCAAACUAUAGAAAUACCCAUGUCUUCAGCAACCAUUUCCUUGUUUCUCCUCUUCUUUUCUGCUGCUGUUGCAGCAAAUGAGAAGCCCUCAGCCUAUGAAGAGCUCCGGCACUAUGACUUCCCAAUUGGCAUUCUUCCUAAAGGGGUGAUAGGCUAUGAGUUGAACCCAAAAACCGGCGAAUUCUCGGCGUAUCUCAAUGGCUCAUGUAGUUUCAUGUUGAGUUCAUAUGAGCUAUAUUACAAGCCUGUGAUAAAAGGAGUUAUAUCCAAAGGCAGGCUCAGGAAAUUGAGUGGUGUUAGUGUUAAAGUUGUAUUGCUAUGGCUUAACAUUGUGGAGGUCAGGAGGAGAGGUGACAAUCUCCAAUUCUCAGUUGGGAUUACUUCUGCAAAUUUUCCUAUUAGGAGGUUUGAGGAAUGCCCUCGUUGUGAAUGUGGGCAAAAGGUCCUUGCAUCUUCCUCGUAGAGUAAUGCAGUGGCGUGUGCAAAAUUUUAUGUAAAUAGUGUCGGUCUAUUGUUAAAACUCAGCUUGUCACGGGCUUUAGUUCUGGGGUUAUUGGGUUCUAGAACUAUACUUUCUAUUCAAAUUUGAUGUUUACUUAUUCUCUUUUAACCGAUGCCACCAUAUCAAAAAUGUGGAUGUUGUAAUUUUUGCCACCAUAUUGUAUAUGUGCCUAUUGUUUUCUGAAACAAA